UUAGAAGGACCUUCUCUACAUCCUGGGAAAAGCAGGAGGCCGGAAGAAUGGAGAUUGACAGUUGGACAGACGGUCCUCAGGAUGCAGUGACCUUUCCCGAUGUGGCUGUGAGCUUCACCCCGGAGGAGUGGACAUGCCUGGACGCCUCUCAGAGGAAGCUCUACAGGGAUGUGAUGCUGGAGACGUGCCAGCACCUGCGGGCCAUUGGGAACCCGGGAUUGAAGUCCAGUGCCAUGUCUUGGCUGGAAGAAGAGGAGGAGGAACUGAGGGCAGUGGAGGAAGAGUGGGACCAGCAGCUUUCAAACUCAGACACCGAGCUUCAGCCGUCUGAUGCUGAGAAUGAAACACCCGUUAGAAUAAAAACGGAGCGGAUCGAGGAGUGGGAGAUGUACGAGUACGCGCAGUACGGGAAAGACUUCGGCGGCCCCGGGGAGACGCCGCCGGGCGGAGAGGCCGCCUCGGAGGAUGAGGGCGGGAAAGGCCUCCUGGGCCCCAGGCGGAGACCGUCCCCCGGGAAGGCCUUGCUGGAGUCAGCGGGACUAGCCGGCGCCACAGACGUAGCCAUGGACGGGAAGCACGAUGUGUUCGGCGGGUCCCCCUGUUUCCACCUCCACCCGGUGCAUGCCGGGAUGGGACCGUAUCCGUGCCAUGCCGAGUGCGGGCUCGACCUGCCGUGGCCCACGCACCUGGUGGACGCCCACGGCGCGGUGGCCUUCGGCCCAUCGCCGCACACCGCGGGGCCGCCCCGGAGCCCCGCCGAGGAGAAGGUGUUCAAGUGCGACAAGUGCUGGCGGGCCUUCGGCUCGCUGCCCAAGCUCACCCGCCACUUCGUGACGCACACGGGCGAGAAGCCCUUCCAGUGCAACAUCUGCUUCAAGACCUUCACCAGCUCGUCCUACACCCUCAUCCACAAGCGCGUGCACACGGGCGAGAAGCCCUACGUGUGCCGGGAGUGCGGCAAGGCCUUCACGCGCUCCUCGGUGCUGGCCAAGCACGUGAAGAUCCACAGCGGCGAGAAGCCCUACGUGUGCCAGGCUUGCGGCAAGGCCUUCUCCAAGGCGUCGGGCCUGGGCGAGCACAUGAAGAUCCACAACUCCGAGAAGCCCUACGAGUGCAAGGAGUGCGGCAAGGCCUUCCUCAAGUCGUCGGGGCUGAGCGAGCACGUGAAGAUCCACACGGGCGUGAAGCCCUACAAGUGCGACAAGUGCGGCCGCGCCUUCUCGUCCUCGUCCAACCUCACCAAGCACUUCCGCACGCACACGGGCGAGAAGCCCUUCCAGUGCAACCUCUGCGGCAAGACCUUCACCACGUCCUCCUACGUGGUCAUCCACAAGCGCUCGCACACGGGCGAGAAGCCCUACGUGUGCAAGAAGUGCGGCAAGGCCUUCACGGCGUCCACGCGCCUCACCAAGCACCUGCACUCGCACAACGAGCGGCGCUACCCCUGCGAGCUGUGCGGCAAGGCCUUCGCCAAGGCCUCCAGCGUCCUCCUGCACAAGCGCACGCACACGGGCGACAAGGCCUUCGAGUGUGCCGAGUGCGGCCGCGCCUUCCUCAACUCGUCCGGCCUCACGGCCCACAUGAAGAUCCACGGCAGCGAGACGCCCUACCGCUGCAAGGAGUGCGGCGAGGCCUUCGCCCAGUUCGCCCUCCUGGCCAAGCACGAGGACACGCACUGGCGACAAGCCAUCGGCCUGUAGAAGGGCCUGGGAGGCGUCCUCUGGCCUGGCCCUGCGGCCCGGCGGGUCCA